AUGAAGGUCAUUGCUAUACCAAGGCCCAUAAUUCUCAAAGGGCGGCCAAACCCUAGGCGGCGAAACCCUAGGGCGGCCGAGCCCGAGCCGAAGAGGCUGCGGCCUCCACGGAGGACGCAGGCCCCUCGGCCUCCACUUACAGUGGAGUCGGGGGUUCUGCGCCUUCCGUGGGGGUCGCAGGCCCUUCGGCUCCCCACACAGUGGCGCCGGGAGGGACUGUGGCCUCCAUGGGAGACACAGUCCCCUCGGCCCCCACUGUGUGUGGGCACCGAAAGAACUGCGAGCGGCGCGCGGGGAGGGGCGGGGCGGCCAAACCCUAGGCGGCGAAACCCUAGGGCGGCCGAGCCCGAGCCGAAGAGGCUGCGGCCUCCACGGAGGACGCAGGCCCCUCGGCCUCCACUUACAGUGGAGUCGGGGGUUCUGCGCCUUCCGUGGGGGUCGCAGGCCCUUCGGCUCCCCACACAGUGGCGCCGGGAGGGACUGUGGCCUCCAUGGGAGACGCAGUCCCCUCGGCCCCCACUGUGUGUGGGCACCGAAAGAACUGCGAGCGGCGCGCGGGGAGGGGCGGGGCGGCCAAACCCUAGGCGGCGAAACCCUAGGGCGGCCGAGCCCGAGCCGAAGAGGCUGCGGCCUCCACGGAGGACGCAGGCCCCUCGGCCUCCACUUACAGUGGAGUCGGGGGUUCUGCGCCUUCCGUGGGGGUCGCAGGCCCUUCGGCUCCCCACACAGUGGCGCCGGGAGGGACUGUGGCCUCCAUGGGAGACGCAGUCCCCUCGGCCCCCACUGUGUGUGGGCACCGAAAGAACUGCGAGCGGCGCGCGGGGAGGGGCGGGGCGGCCAAACCCUAGGCGGCGAAACCCUAGGGCGGCCGAGCCCGAGCCGAAGAGGCUGCGGCCUCCACGGAGGACGCAGGCCCCUCGGCCUCCACUUACAGUGGAGUCGGGGGUUCUGCGCCUUCCGUGGGGGUCGCAGGCCCUUCGGCUCCCCACACAGUGGCGCCGGGAGGGACUGUGGCCUCCAUGGGAGACGCAGUCCCCUCGGCCCCCACUGUGUGUGGGCACCGAAAGAACUGCGAGCGGCGCGCGGGGAGGGGCGGGUUGA